UAAAAUAAAAAAUUAACAAGAGAGAGAAAGAAAAGAAAAGAAAGAAAGACGAAGUCUCUGCGAAACAAGUUUGACCUUCUCUCAGCUAUCAUCCAUGAAUCAAUGAUCAAUCUCCUUUCGUCCAUGGUGUCAAAUACGCGCUAAAUUCCUCUUUCCCAUUCCCCCAAAACCCUUCCCUUAAAUCACCCUCUCACUCCUCUUCCCAUUUCUCAAUUCUCCCUAAUUUUUUCUCCUGCUCUAGAAUUUCCCCCUUUUUCUUCUGUUUUCGCUGUACCCAUUACGAAAAGUCAAGUUUUUUCAUUUUCAUUUUUCAUUUUUCAUUUUUUCUUCUAUAAUUAUUACCCUUCUAUUUCCCCCACUUUUUUUUUUUGGGAAAUCAUAUACGGAUUCAAUCAGAAGCUGGAUCUGAGAAUUCAGAAUACCCAUCUGAACGAAGCCUCGUAAAAACAUAACUUUUUUCAAUUUCGAUUCAUGGGUAAUUGCUGCGCAGCCCCUCCUUCGGGUUCUCGCGACGAGACAACAACGAAGAAGAAGAAAGGGAAGAAGGAAAAGGAAAACCCUUUCGCGAUCGAUUACGGCUUCAACACCACCAACAACGGGAAGGGACCGAAACUCACCGUUUUGAAGGACCCAACGGGGAGCGAGAUCGAGGUUCGGUACGAGCUGGGUCGCGAGUUGGGUCGGGGCGAGUUCGGGAUAACGUACCUUUGCACGGAUAAGGAAACCGGAGAGGAGUUAGCUUGCAAAUCGAUAUCGAAGAAGAAGCUGAGAACCGCAAUCGACAUCGAAGAUGUGAGGAGAGAGGUUGAGAUCAUGAGGCACUUGCCAAAACACCCUAACAUCGUUACUUUAAAGGAUACCUAUGAAGACGACAAUGCCGUUCACCUUGUCAUGGAGCUCUGCGAGGGUGGAGAGCUCUUCGAUCGCAUCGUCGCACGUGGCCACUACACCGAACGCGCCGCCGCCGCCGUCACCAAGACCAUCGUUGAAGUCGUCCAGAUGUGCCACAAACAUGGUGUUAUGCAUCGGGAUCUUAAGCCUGAGAACUUUUUGUUUGCAAAUAAGAAGGAAACAGCAGCUCUGAAGGCUAUAGAUUUUGGAUUGUCAGUGUUCUUUAAACCAGGGCAAAGAUUUGAUGAGAUAGUUGGAAGUCCAUAUUACAUGGCUCCUGAGGUAUUGAAGCGAAAUUAUGGCCCAGAAGUAGAUAUUUGGAGUGCUGGAGUAAUUCUAUACAUCUUACUCUGUGGUGUCCCACCAUUUUGGGCAGAAACCGAACAAGGAGUUGCACAAGCAAUUAUUCGAUCUGUUGUCGAUUUCAAAAGGGACCCAUGGCCAAAAGUUUCUGAUAAUGCGAAAGACCUUGUGAAGAAGAUGCUAGAUCCUGACCCGAAGCGGCGGCUUACUGCACAGGAAGUGUUAGAUCAUCCAUGGUUACAAAAUGCAAAGAAAGCACCUAAUGUUUCAUUAGGAGAAACUGUUAAAGCAAGGCUCAAGCAAUUUUCUGUAAUGAACAAGCUUAAGAAAAGAGCUUUGAGGGUGAUUGCAGAGCAUUUGUCAGUAGAAGAAGCUGCUGGAAUAAAAGAGGGAUUUCAGCUUAUGGAUACAGGCAACAAAGGCAAGAUCAACAUUGAUGAACUACGAAUAGGGUUGCAUAAACUAGGCCAUCAAAUUCCUGAUGCAGAUCUCCAAAUUCUUAUGGAAGCUGGUGAUGUAGAUAAGGAUGGGCACCUAGAUUAUGGAGAGUUUGUAGCCAUUUCUGUUCAUCUGAGAAAGAUGGGAAAUGAUGAGCACCUUCGUAAAGCCUUCCAAUUUUUUGAUGAGAACCAAAGUGGGUAUAUUGAAAUUGAGGAACUGCGUAAAGCCUUGUGUGAUGAGGUUGACGAAAACAGUGAAGAAGUUAUUAAUGCAAUUAUGCAUGAUGUGGACACGGAUAAGGAUGGAAUGAUAAGUUAUGAGGAAUUUGCUACAAUGAUGAAGGCUGGCACAGAUUGGAGAAAAGCAUCUAGGCAGUAUUCGCGAGAGAGGUUUAACAGUCUCAGCCUGAAAUUGAUGAAGGACGGGUCAUUGCAAUUAAACAAUGAAAAACAAUGACGGUAGAUGACUUAGAAAUGCCAUAUUUUAUUUUUGGAAAGGAUAUCAUGGUAAAGAAGUCCUUUUUUCCCCUAUAAACCUUUAUCUUCAUUGUAAUUCUUUUAUAUAAUUUUCUUAUGUAACAUUUCAAGAAACCCCUUUUACGAGUAAGAAAGAAAAAAAAAAAAAUAGGAUAUUGGCCUGAGCAGCAGUGAUGUGUAUGUGAUUUGGAGUAUGACUUUUUCUUUUGUUUGUUGAGGUUGUGGUAGGAGACAUGAGAGGGAUAGGACAAGUAUUUAUUUGUGGCUGUAAAUAUUUUAAAUUAUCAUGCUUUAUCCGUAAUCCGACAUCU